AUGCAUAGCUUACAUUAUUUAAAGACUGUCUUUUUUCUUAAAAUGCAAUCUAUAAAAGUAAAUACACUAAAAAAAAGACUUAUUCUAUCUGUUCUUUCUACAGGAUAUCUGCUGCUUAUCUGUCUGGAUGUGUGCAUGUGCAUUAUUCCUGGCAGCAAAGAAGAAAUGAAAGAGCUUAAUAGAAGCGCUGGAGUAGAUUCUAGUACUUCAAAUGCUAGUAGGACAGAGAUAGUGUGCCAGGAAAGAGUAGAUUCAUCUGAGAUUGUUAAUAUACUUAAUGCUCUGAACCAGCCCGAUAUUGACUCUUCUACAUGCGGUUCAUCCAAAUGCAAUUUAUCUUUAUCAGGUGAGGAUGAUUCACAGUUGGAUGCGCUGUCUUCUGACAAAGAAGAUAAUUCAUUUUCUUCUGACGAUACAGGGGAUGCAUCUGCCAUAAAUGCGCAAAUAGAAGAUCCCUCCCUGGGUACACAGCAAAGCACAAGCACAAGCACAGAGAAUAUACAGAGUUUGUCUGCUGGCAGAGAAAAGAGUGCGGAUGGAACGUCAGAUGCCUCUGAAAGAAAUGAAACAGACGGCUUGGGAAGCCUAGAAUUCCUUCAAAGGAGAGUAGAGAUGCCCCAAACGGAUGAAGAACUGCGCCUGAUACAAAAACUACUUGGAAUAGCUCAGGAUGAAAUAUACCACCUAAGAAUGUACGACUACAUAGCCAUACCAAAGAGUGCUCCGAUUAGAUUUAUAUUCUCCUGGGCGCUAGGCGCACAGCCAUUCGAGCAGGAAAACAGACCAGUCCCCCCUAUAGUUACAAACUGGAUUUCCUCCCAGCUGCGGUGGCUUAAACCAAGCAUGCUCGGGCCACCAAGCAUAAAAAUCAUACAAAACAAUGCAUCCCAUGGAUAUUUUACAGGGUGCAUCAUACGAAGGUUCCAAGUCUCUCUGCGCUCACCAGACGGAAAAUCUUCUGAGCAUUUCACGGGCAGUUUCCAGGCGCACUUUUUAAUAUUCAUGCGGGCUCUGUACAGACAGGGCUUAUACUUCUCAAUUGACCAGCUAAAUACACUAGGCAAAGCAGAAGAGCACCCUACUUCUAUUGGGGGCUAGCUUUAUACAGAGCGCUGUUCAUGAUAUAUAGAAGAAGGAAUACUCGACUAUUAACCAUAAUUUAAGAAUAAAUCAGUC